AUGGCCAAGGCCGAGAACGAUCUCCAGAGUAUGCUCUCCAAGGGCCUGGACCCGAAGGAGCUACCCUGCAACAUCCCGUCAGAUCAGGUUCUGCAGCAUGUUGUAGACGUGAGGGAACGAGCUUAUUCAGUCUUCCCCUACCCUUGCAUUGGUUCAUUCCGGUUUCUUGAUCUGAGCAUCCCCCAAUCUCCAGUCUAUACCGAGGUCCUUCAACGACUCAAGUCCGGCGAGAAGCUCCUUGACGUUUACGACGGAGUCCCAUCAGAAAACAUCUACGCCUCCGAUCUACGCCGCGACUUCUUCGACAUCGGGUACGAUCUAUUCGCCGAUCGCGAGACCCUAAACUGCGACUUCAUAGUUGCAGAUAUAUUUGACCCGAACUCCGACCUGGUGAAGAAACUUACCGGAAAAGCUGGAAGGACUGAUCCUGAGGACCCUGAUGAUAAAGAGAAUGCGCCGGGGAAUUACCGGCAUGAUCUUGAUACGUGGAAGAGGAUGUGGGAGCAGGUUGAGAUGGAGACGGGGACUAGGUGGAAGGUUGAUUCUUGGAGAGAGGAUUGGCAGGGUGUUGAUAAGGGGUUUGAUAAGUAUCAUGCGAAUGUUGAGUCUUUUAAGCUUCGAUUUGUGGUGAGGAGACUAAAAUGA